CUGAGAGGAGUCAGAGCAGGAGGAGCUGCCACAGCACUCGCUGCCCUCUCCGGACUAUGAGAGCCGCACACCGCAUCUAGUACCCGCUGCCUGACACCGGAGGACGGCCAAGGACUGUGAAAUCUACUCAGUCGCCAUGAGUGGGUUACUGAAACGCAAAUAUGAAGCCCUGGAAGAGGACUUCACCUACUCCUCUUCCUCUUCAUCCCCUUCAUCAUCGGCCACCUCUUCUGGAGGGGAAUCUGAUGACGACUUUAGCUACAGCCCUAGGCCGCUCCUGAGCAACUUCACACCGAUAUCCAUCCUAAAAAAGGCAAAGCGGGCGAAGAAGAACAAGGUCCAGUUUGAUCGGGUGAUAGUCUUCUACUUCCAACGAUGCCAAGGUUUCACCAGCGUGCCAAGUCGGGGUGGAUGCACACUGGGAAUGCGGAGAAAACAUAGCUGCAGCAGGCAGUUCACAUUGGAAGAGUUUUCCAGGGAACAGUUGACCCGUCGUAGGGAGAAACUGAAAGAGCGUUUGAAAGAAGAGAAGCUCUUGGCUUUAAAGAAUACGUUUACAAAGAAUGGUACAAUAGAGUCAGAAAAGGCCAAUAACCUCAGCAUUGAUGACAUCUGCGAUGAAGAUAUUGACAUGACCAACUCAGAAAUCGAAGAUGGUUUCAGUCCACGAAUGUACCCUGCCAAGAAACGACGGGCACUGCUCAAGAGAGAAGGCGUGAAGAAGAUUGACAAAAGUGAGAAGCAUGAACUUAAUGAAAUCCGGAAGUCAAGAGAACAAUGUGGCUGCGAUUGCCAAGACUUCUGUGAACCGGAGACUUGCAGUUGUAAUUUGGCAGGCAUCAAAUGUCAGAGAGAUCAUUCAACUUUCCCAUGUGGAUGCACCAAGGAUGGAUGCGGAAACCCAAAUGGAAGAGUCGAAUUCAAUUCAUCCAGGGUACAGACCCAUUUUAUCCAUACGGUUAUGAAACUUGAGCUGGAGGAGAAAAGGCAAAAUAACAAUGAUGGGAAUGACAAACCCGAAACGAUGUGCGGUGAAAGGCUGAACCCCUUCGGGUGCUCAGCUGUAGAAUUCAGUGAAGAUGAAGAAAGGACUGCUCCCACCACCACUACUGGCACCACCUCACCCACUGCCCCCUAUCAUUUCAACAUAGACUUGGAGCCGGCAAAUGGAAACAGUUGCAGCAGUGACACAACGGACAGCUCCUCCUCAUCUGGUCAGAGUGAAAGCUCUGAAGGUCCAUUUGAACUUGCUUCAUCUGAUAAGUCGCAGUCAGAUUUUGAGGAAGAUUAUCUCGCUAGGAUUCUUCAUUUCAACGACUCCGAGUAUGAGGAGAACAGCAGUGACUGCCAGGACAACUUGAGCUUCUUUCAUAGCACAGAUUUUUUCUGUGAUCAGGUUUACGAAUCUCUCUACAGCUCAGAGAAAUCAGCGAGCGGAUUGUACGCCAACUCCCUAUCGAACAUUUCAAAAUGCGUCGAUGAAAAUGCCAACCAAGGUGCGGAUUGCUUUACUGACAAUGAGGUAUCUAUGACCAUCUCUACUGAUUCUACCGUGGCACCGGGAGAGCCACUCUUAAAAAACUAUAUGGAUAUCAGCCUCUCCUCGGAAAACUUUGAGAUUCCAGAUGAAACGGAGUACAAUUUUGGACCCCUUUACAAUUCAUUGAAUGAAUACGAGAACUUGUGUUCUCAGCAGUGUCUGGUGACGCUUCUUCCCGGAUUUACCCCAGCUACGGACACGACCGCGAGCUUCUUAGAAUCUUUAAUUAGCUCUUCAGAGCCCUGUGGUGACAAUCAAUAUUUAGAUGAUGCCUUAAAAUCACCAUCUCCUUUUGAAUCCCUCAUUGCAUAACCGGGGAGGGGGCGGAAUCCAAGCUGAGGAUACUUUGUAGGAACAGUGAAAAAAAUAAGGAAUGUUUCUAUGUUGAUUUUACAUAGAUAACUAUAUUUUGGUCUUUUUAUGGGGGGGGAAAAAUGCCUUUUUGGAACUGUCAUUUCCACCAGUUUACCUUCCAUCGGUUUGAACAAAUUUUUAUUUUAUUAUAAUUUUUUUUUUGUAAAAGACUUGUACAUAUUUUGGGGAGGGGGGAAUUCUUAUGUUUGUGAACCUGUGAAAAGCUAUUCUUUUAUGAAUGGGUAUACAGGGAUUCCCCUGUAAACCUCGUUCAAUGCUUUUUAAGAUGAACUCUAUUCCUGUAUUUAUUGUAAAAAGAGAAAUAUUUGCGGAGGGAGCGUGCACUACUCGGGUUUUCAGAAAGAAAAAAAAAAAUGGAGGAAAAAAAAAAAAAACGCAUACUUUAUACAGAGCUGUUUUAUUUAUUGCAAAUUCCAGGAAUGAGACUGAAGCUUGAACUAGCAUGAGUUUUAUUUAAAUUGGAAAUACCUCAGAUGUAUUAUGAGUACAAUCAUAUUUUUCCAUAAUAUAUCUGCAUUAUUUAUAGAACUAUUUUAAUUAUUUUUAUUUUUUUUCUGUACAAUAAGUUAAAGGUUCAUUCAUUUUCUUCCCCCUUUUGUGCAAUAUUACAGCAGCAGUCUCCAUUAAUUCAAUAUGCCACUGGUAUUAUGAAAAAGCACAAGGACGUUACUGGGAAGAACAGCAAUUUUUGUAUCCCAUCCCCCCCCCCCCCCCCCCCCAAACGUCUCUGUGCUCCAUUUACAAGCCAUAAUUUUGAGUUCAAUUAUUUAAUCUUUCUGUAAGUUAUUUUUUAUUUAUUUGAUCUAUCUAGGGAUUUGGCCAUAAGAUUCCCAUCAGCUGAAAUCGCCCCCCCCCCUUAGUUUGGGCACGCCCAUCAGCUGAACGUGGUGCGGUUGCAAUAGACCUAGAGCUACAUAGAGCCACAUCUGCACGAGCAAAGAGAAAUUCCUUUUUCCAUCCGCUUAUUUCUAAGCCUCGAUGGGUCAGUUCUAUCUCCUUCCAUAAAGGAUGGUCCCGGCUAUUUAUAUACAAUUCCUUUUUAAUUUUAAUGAAAGUUAUGUAUAUGUAAAAGAUUAUUUAUUGCUUUACAACAUUUAAAACAACGUGAAUAUCUUUCUAAAUUUCUUUUCUUCCAUCCACAUGUAUUUAAGUGAGAAGCGACACUAUUUAAGCUUUAAAAUGAAAUGCAGAUAUUUAAUUGAGAGUGUUUAAUGAAAAGGAACAUUUUUAUGGUGCCUAAUAAUAAGAUAUAAAAUUAUGUUUUAUAUAUCUUUUUGUUUUUCUUUUCUUAAAUUAUAAAACCUUCUUAAUGCCAGAGACAAGACCAUUAU